AUGCUCGUUUCUCUCACCGUCGGCAAGGUCGAUGCCGGCGUUGCUGUGCUUCUGACCGAAGAUAAACGUCUGAUCGAGUUCCCUUCCAUUCUUCUCCCGCCAGAUAUCUCCUCCGGCAGCAUAGUAGACAUCACCGUUUCACGCAAUCACGACAAAGAAUCAUCCUCCGCCGCCGCUUUUCACGCUCUGCAAUCCAACAUCUACCGCACCUUUGGUCAGCGCACCCCCUCUGCGCCCAUUCUACGAUGUCGCAAUGCCACACAAACCUCCGUCGUACUGGAAUGGGACCCCAUUGAUAUUGCUACGGCUGAGUUGCGCAGUCUGACCUUGUAUCGCAAUGGCAGCAAGGCUGGGACGAUACCCAAGCCCACCGAGGUGCACAGCACCAAGCUGAGCGGUCUUGCCGUGGACACCGAGUAUCAGUUUCACCUGGUCCUAAGAACAAGCGCAGGCACGUACAGCAGCGAAAAGAUCAAAGUACAGACGCACAAGAUGACGGAUCUCUCUGGUAUUACCAUCACACCAGGCCACAUGCCCGCCACACUCCGAGAAUCACUGCAAAAAUCUGUCGAACGCAUAGGCGCUAAGAUUGUCGACACGGUCAGAAUCGAUACCACCCACUUCGUGUGCACCGAGGGCCGCGGCCCGGCGUGGGAGAAGGCAGUCGAGAACAAUAUACCCGUCGUGGUGCCGGAUUGGAUCAAGGGUUGUGAGAGGGAUGGUAGGAUCGUCGGUGUGCGAGGAUAUUAUCUCAAUGCAGACCCGCGGUUGCGACAGAUUGGUCCAGGUGGAGCGCCAGGCCAAGGGCCGCCCCAGCAGGUGACGAGCCCAAGGACCGAAGUCACCCCUCCUACUCCCGAGAGGCCCACUCGCCAAAGAGAAGAGGAUAAUUCUGCGCCCCCUCCGCCGCCCCCUCCCAAGGAUCAUGAAGAUGAGAAGAGCGACACAUCAACCCCUCCCGAACCGAAGACUCAAACAGAGGAGCAGAAGGUGAGAACGGAGGAUCUAAAGCCGACUGCUGGAGAUUCUGAAGACGAGAGUGACGACGAAGAUGAACAACCGAGUAACGAGAAGGGAUCAUCGUCUGAUGCAGACUUACCAUCACGCGAAAAACCACCGCCUCCCACCGUAGAAGAGGACGAGGACGACAAGGGCAAGUUUGAAGAGGUUGCAUUUUGA